ACACUUCACCAGGCGCUAUAACGUUUUGAAGGUCGCUGAUCAUGUGUGUUUGAAAUGGAUUUUAGUAAUUUGCACUGCUUUGUGGGCAAGGGAUUAUACUUAGCCUCCGUCCUCUACCUCUUCGCAAUCUUUUUUUUGGCUGUUUUUAUCUUGGUACCCAUUUCUACCAGUUUUUAGACUCUCUUUGUUAACCUAAAAAAUGUUUCAGUUACAUCCAGCCAGACAUUUGGGCAUAUUAAAGCACGUAACACCUGAAUUCUCUUACUUGCCGUUAUGAUUUCUACUGCAUCCUCUGCCACCAUAAAUACAAAUACCAGUGAACGAGAUUGUAAAAUUGGUCAGCUGCAAUAUCAGCAACAACAGUUGCUCCGUCAAAGUACUCCUUACAAUUUCAGUUCUUGGGAUUGGAAUGCUGUGAAUAUCAUGAAUAAUAAUAAUAAUAAUAAUAAUAAUAAUAAUAAUAAUAAUAAUAAUAUUGUUAACGGGACUCAACAACCAAUUUGCAAACCUUUGUUUCCUGAAAAUGACGUCAUGAAGAUGAUCAAUUUUAUAAAACAAUGUUUGAAUGAAUCGACUAAAUGCCUAUUUAAGCGCUAUUCUAAUGAUAACUGGCAAGAUUUGUCAGUGUUCACAAUAUGUUUUGCCCGUGAACUGCACAUAUAAAUCACUGGAAGAAAAGUAUACAGAACAACAAAGUUAUCUCUAUGUCUCAUCAACGUAGUAUUUAUAACGUAAUUUUCUUUCCUUAGUCAACCUGAGGAAAAUUAUGCUCCUACAAUGAUUAAUUCAGCCAGCUUCAGUCAUGAAAAUAAUAAUAAACAAGGGUUUGUACGGGAAACUCAACCGUCAUUGAAUAAAUUAAUUGAAAUGGGCUAUCCAAAUCAGCAUUGCCCUUAUCCUUUAGAUCAUUUACAUUCACAAUUUCAAUUCAAUCAAAGUAGAUGCUCAUCAACUACAACACGAUAUAAAGAACCAACUGUUCGUAAUGAAGAAAAUCCUGUUUAUUCUGAAGCUGAUAAUAAAUCAAGCAUUCAAGAGGAUCCAUCAUCAAUGGAUAAGAACAGCAAUUGUAAAAGUAUGUAAAAUUACACUUAACUUUUUUGUUUUAACUGAAUUCUUAAUUUAUUCACAUUUUAAUACUAAAAUAAAUGUUCUUGUUAAAGGAUAUAAUUGUGAUUAUCGAAUGAAUGACCAUUUGUUAAUAUGAUAUUUUUCCAUGUAUUUUUUCAAACAAAAUUCAAUCUAAAGUAUGAUUUUUUUGUCUGUUGAGAGGUUUCGUUGAGACCAUUUCAAUUCGUAGAUAGUUUUCUUCACGGUUUAAUGUCAGUUGUGUUAUUACUAAAACUCAGCGGGACACUGUACGGCUGUUUCCGUCCCAGUAUGCGACUCAGUAUAGUAUGAACCCCAUAACCCCAUCAGGGGGUUGAAUAUACUGGUUUGGUUUGUUUAUUCGUAGAUAAACAAAGGACCCAAUCAUUUAGUAUAUAUAUUGUCGACAUGAUGGUAAUUAGCGUUUAUUUCUUCGUACUUUAUCGGAAAUGUUUCGUUGAUUAGCUUAUUGCUAAUCAUAAAGUAUCUAAUCCACUUAGUGACUUCUUGUUUAUGAUAAAUAAACACACGUAAUUAUACUUACCAAUCUACAUUUAUGCUUUUAUAUACAUACUGUGGUUGACAGUAAAAACAGUUUCAGAUGUUCCAUCACCUGUUGAGCUUGACGUUAGUUAACACUUUUAAAACCCAUUCUGUACGCUUCCUGCCCGUACGCCCUUUGAUUCUUGGAUCUGUGUUAUUUGGUUACUGAUUUCCACACUUCUUAUUGAGUUUAUUGUGGCCAACUCUUGAGUGGCCCUUUAUCUGACACCAUUUGCAUCGUAAGAAUGAUUGUUAUGGGAAUAUGCAUGUCGCCAACCCUCAUAUAUUUUCAUUGGCUUAAAUCGCGUUAGUGAAUAACAGAAUUAAGUAAGUCAAAUACGAGAAUGGAUUUUAAAUACGCAUAUUUCAUACAAUCGUUGAUCCAGACAGACGAUCAGAGAAACGAAACAAAGAAAGCGAAGCGCAACGAAAUGAUGCGCAGUCAAGAUGGCAAGUGAGCCAACUCGAUUUAAUCAAGCGUUGGUCGAUAUUUAUAGUUGUUGGGGUGAUCCAGAAAACUUCUUGCAAAACACAAGAAAGGCUCAGGAAACACUAAGAAGCAUUUUAUCCGACCAGCGUUCACUUAAAGUUUAGCCAGAAACAUCAAGAAAGUGAGAAGUUUCUGAUUAGCUGAUUACUAUACUGGCAUUACUAUACUAGCAUUCCAGAAUUUUCGGGAGAACUACAAUGAAUAUUUCUUUGGAGCAACUAGAAGCUUAUAUGGAGCAGAUAUUCUGCAAAACCUUACUUCAAGAAAUACAGGUCUGGCGUAUUAACGAAAAUAAUAUUGGUAUCACAUAAUCAAGCACGAAAUUGCCGCCAAAGAAAAUACGUAACCUUAGGUAUUAUUAAAUACCGUACUCGCCUUCAGCUUGAUACAGCUUCUGAUAUUACUCUAAUCAGCCCAGAAACAUGGAAGAACAUUGGAAGACCCACAGUUUUCCCAACAACACAGCUGGCACACAGUGCGUCUGAGGGGGAAGUUAAAUAUUGUUGGAGAAGUACCGUGCACUGUUUCUAAAGUUACUGCAACAACAAAUGCAACAGUAUAUCUUAUAAAGAAACCAGCACUCGAGUUAAUGGGGUUAGAUCUUAUAGAAACACUUAAACUAGCAGACCAUUCUAUUAACAGUAUCUGCAGACGAAUCAGAACUGACAACACCCCACAGUGGAGCCAGAAAAAUGCCAUGCUACAAAGACACCAAAACGUGUUUAAAGAAGGAUUGGGGGAAUGUACGAAGGCCAAAGCAGUGCUAACUCUAAAACCUUCAGCUACUCCCGUUUUUCGACCUAAAAGACCUGUACCCUAUGCUGGUCUUCCAAAAGUUGAACAAGAAUUACAACGAUUUCAGCAAAUGGGUGUUAUCGAACCUGUGAACUUCUCAAACUGGGCUGCACCAACAGUGGUGGUCAAGAAGUCGGAUGGAAGCAUCCGUCUAUGUGCAGACUACUCUACUGGAUUAAAUGAAACUCUAUAGUCUCACCAGUAUCCGGUACCCUUGCCGGAAGAUCUUUUAGCUAAGCUGAACGGUGGCAGAUAUUUUGCGAAAUCGGACUUAUCAGACGCAUACCUACAAAUCCCGGUAUCUGAUGAAAGCAAAGAUCUCCUAGCGAUCAACACACACAAAGGACUGUUCCGGUAUAACCGAAUACCUUUUGGGGUGAAAACGGCGCCCUCUAUUUUCCAGCAAAUUAUGAAUACCAUGUUACAAGGUAUUCCAGGGGCAGCAGCUUAUUUAUACGACAUCAUAAUUAUGGCAGCAGACAAAAUGGACCUACAGAAGAAACUGGACCAGGCACUAGAACGCAUAGCCGAUUAUGGUUUUCGCCUCUGAGCGGAAAAGUGUGACUUCUAUAUGCAGCAAGUACGAUAUCUUGGAUUCAUAAUAGAUAAAGACGGAAGACGACCAGAUCCAGAGAACAUUGAAGCUGUGAGAACAAUCCCUAGACCCAGGGACAUUACUACCCUACGAUCGUUCUUGGGAUUGGUCAGCCAUUAUGGUAUCUUCCUUUCCGAUCUCCAUCGUCUAUGUGCUCCACUAAACCCCCUACUAGAAACGAAUACAAGAUGGAAUUGUCUGCGGACUGUCAAGCAUCUUUCGAGAAAAUCAAGCAACUCCUAACUUCCAAUUUCUUAUUGACACAUUAUGAUCCCUCGCUACCGAUAGUCGUUGCUUCAGAUGCUUCUAACUAUGGUGUGGGCGCAGUCAUCUCUCACAUUUUUCCUAACGGGUCUGAAAAAUCUAUCUCCCACACUGCCAGAUCUUUGACAACGACCGAAAGGAACUAUAGUCACAUUGAGAAGGAAGCCCUAUCAAUUAUCUUUGCAGUGAAAAAGUUCCACAAGAUGAUGUAUGGUCGACAUUUUACCCCAAUAACAGAUCAUAAGCCACUACUUGCAGUUUUUGGGCCAAAGAAAGGAAUUCCUGUUCAUACAGCUAACCGACUCCAAUGAUGGGCAACCACACUUCUGGGUUACGACUUCAAGGUCAAGUAUCAGUCUACUACCGCCUUCGGGUAAGCUGACGCAUUGUCAAGAUUAAUAGGCUCCCAAUCAAAAACCUUAGAGGAGACUCUUGUAGCAAAUAUAAUAGCUGAGAAAGAAGUCCAUCGCGUAUUGGAUGACGCAAUUAAUGGACUCCCAUUAACCUUUGAAACUAUCAAGAAGAUCACUGAAAGUGAUAAGAUAUUGGACACAGUUAAAUGCUAUCUCUCGACCAAAUGGCCAAACAAUCGCCUUGACGGAGAACUUUUGCGAUAUUUUCGUCGACGGGACUCACUAAUGGUUGUCGACUCGUGUAUUAUGUUCGGUGAUCGAAUUGUUAUUCCGAAGGUAUUACGUCACAAUGUUCUCAAGCAGUUUCACAGUGGAAUCAAUAAAAUGAAAUCGUUGGCUCGUAGUUACGCUUAUUGGCCGUCAUGCAUUCAAGCUGCUGAAAAUCCUUUGAAAUGCGAACCUCAUUAUUGGCCAGAGACAUUAAUGGCUGAUAAUGGCUCGCAGUUCGUCGCAGAAUCGUUUAAGCAUUUCUGUAGCGUAAAUGGAAUAACUCAUCUUCGUUCUUCGCCCUAUCAUUCGCAAUCGAACGGACAGGCAGAACGCUUUGUGGACACCUUUAAACGAGCAUUACUGAAAGGGGGAGGCGAAGGGACAACUGGACAGGUAAUCACAAAAUUUUUAACAUCCUACAGAGCCACUCCGAACCUAAAUGUUCCAGAUAGUAAGUCCCCUGCCGAAGCCAUGUUCAGAAGGCGUAUUCGAACCGUUUUCAACGCCAUGUUACCAUCCAAAUUAGUGAAUGGGCACAGUCAAAAUCCAAAUAUCCGGAGCUCUAAUAUUGGCGACGAAGUUUUCAUUAAAUCCUACAUCGAGAAGAACCGAUGGGAGCCGGGAGAAGUUGUACAAAAAUUGGGAAGAGUUCUGUACAGAGUCCGAGGAUCUUUUGGAACAUGUAUACGACAUACGAAUCAAAUCUAUGAGUACAAAGGAACGAUGCAGACUCGAAAAAACCGGCCGAAUUUUCCGUUGGGGUUAAUCUUAGACACACCAACGCUACAUAUGCCCAAGGACACUGAAAAGAAGCCCCGAACAAGGCAGACGACAAGAAUAAUGGGACGCCGCCGCAGCCCAGUUGUCAAGCUACCAUAGAAAGAAAUCUUAUUCGAGGGAGGUGUUGAGUCGGCUUUCCGAGAACUGCAACGGAGCCUCCAGAGGCCCUAAAGGAGCCGAAGAGUCCUAGCCAAUCAGAGCAUGACGGAGCUUUCUAGAAUAUCAACGUGGCGUGCUACUAUUGGUCAGUAGCAUAAUAUUUCUUUUAGUGGAUUGGCCAAAAUAAGAUGUUGAUUUAACGAAUGUUAACAUCUAUAAAUACCCGUGUUUUUCUGUACAGAAAUGAACCUUGGAGUAAAGUACUUCUCGCAUACCUUGCGUCUUCUCUCUCGCUGUAUAGUCCUAGCUUGGGGGUUACAGAAUAGCUUAGGAAACGAAUAUAGCGUUCAAUCCACAAGACUUGUCAAAGAUAACGAAGGAACCAGGAGAUGACUGGGUGAAACAUGCAGAACUUGUGAACCGAGAAUUUGAGAGGUUCAAGUUGUCUUCCAUGACUGAAGACCAGUUUAAAUAUCUAGUAUUUGUCUGUAGCCUGCGUUCACCCGAAGAUGCUGACAUCCGAACGAGAAUCCUUAGCAAGCUCGGACACUGUCCCAAUAUGACCCUGCAGGAAGUAACUACCGAAUGUUAAAGGUUAGUGAAUUUGAAUUAUGAUACCUCGGCAUUUCAAAAGGUUUUGUUUGUUUAAAACUCAUCGUUGUACUACGUGUUCCAGAAAAGGGCACAAAGAAAGUUAUUGCAAAACCCGAAAACGUCGUCAACCAAAAGUGUAUUCUAAAAGAUUCAAGCAACAAACGGCUAAAGUAACGGUAGCUCUUCACAAAGCCGGCUCUCAUAACCGUAGGAAGUAUGUUUCUCUCAAGAUUAAUGGGUUUGAUACCCGCUCACAGUUAAACGCAGCCUCCGAUAUAACACUUAUAAGCAGGAGAACGUGGGAGAAAAUUGGGAUGCCGCGAAUAUGUUCAACUCAUCAAUCAGCACAUAGUGCAUCCGGAGGAAUUCUAAGUAUUGCUGGUGAAAUUCAUUGUGAAGUCACAGUCAAAGAGUUUACGGAGAAAGGUGUAAUAUUUUCGACAGACCGUCCAGCACUCGACUUAUUGGGGCUUGAUUGGAUAGAAAAUUUGAAGUUAAUAGACCAUCCCAUAAACUGGAUCUGUAACAACGUCAGUACGUCGAAAGUCGAUGAGAAAAACUCAGUAGAAGCAUUAUUAAAACGACAUGAAGUGGUAUUUAGUGAUGGUCUUGGAGAAUGCACUAAAUUUAAAGCUGCUCUUACCCUUCGACAGGGAUCAAGAUCGGUGUUUCGAUCAAAAAGACCCGUAUCAUAUUCUGGGUGUCAUUGAACUGGUGAAUUUCUCAGAAUGGGUCGCACCGAUAGUAGUAGUAGAGAAGACUAAUGGUAGCGUCCGUUUAUGUACUGAUUACUCAACCGGGUUGAAUGAAGCCUUAAAAACUCAUCAGUAUCCAUUACCCUUACCUGAAGAUCUUUUUACUAAACUAAAUGGAGGUAAGCUAUUUGCAAAGUUGGAUUUAUCGGAAUCUUAUUUACAAAUUCAUGUUGCUGACGAGUGUAAAAAUCUGCUCACCAUAAACACACACAAGGGCCUAUUCCGGUAUAAUCGACUACCCUUCGGAGUCAAGACGGCCCCAUCUGUAUUUCAGCAGGUAAUGGAUAGUAUGCUACAGGAUGUUCCAGGUGCUGCAGCUUAUCUGGAUGAUAUAAUAAUUAUGGGAGUAGAUAGAAUAGACUUAGAAAAGAAGCUCGACCAGGUGCUGUCGCGAAUAGCCGAAUAUGGACUUCGGCUUCGUCCAGAGAAAUGUAACUUUUGUAUGCAAAAAUUACGCUACCUCGGAUUUAUAAUCGACAAAGAUGGAAGAAGACCAGAUCUAGAGAAUACCCAGGCAGUGAAAACUAUGCCCAGACCGACGGAUGUCCCCACACUAUGAUCCUUUUUGGGACUAGUUAAUCAUUAUAGAUCUUUUAUUCCGAACCUUCAUCAAUUACGUGUCCCCUUGAAUAAGCUUCUGGCGAAGAAUGUAAAGUGGAAUUGGUCUGUGACUUGCGAAGCUGCUUUCGGUGAAAUCAAGAAAGUCAUGUAGUGACUAAGUUUGUUUUCACUUGAUAAUGUAAAUUCCAAUCCUAUUCAAGCUGAUUUUAAAGUUAUUAAUUACUUUGGCGUCGCGGGGUGGGAUCGUGAAUGCGCACUGCUGAGGAGUCCUAUACUAGGAAUAAACGGCCUUCCAGGUUUUCCAUGGUGGUCUAGCUUCAAUUAACUCAUUCAGUACUUCGUCAUGAAAUACAACUCUGUAUUUAAGUCUUACAGUGUAUUUAAAGUGUAGACAAUCAGUUUCGGUUUGUGUGUAUGGUUUACUGGAUAGUGCAAGUGUUUGUGAAACAUGGAUAUAAAUAUCACCUGUAAACAGUAGUUGUUGUUGCUAUAACUAUACUACUUAUGAGUAACUCGAAUUUGUUUUUUGCUCUUUAUCGGUUGAUCGUAAUCUGUUUUAGUGCUUUAUGAAAGUUUUUCGUUUUGGUCUUAUUGAACCAGUCAUUUUGUGCCUGUGUGCGUUGAGAUUUGACUGUUGUUGCUGAGGUCACCAUAUUGAGUGUGAUUUCAACAUAAACUAAUUAUCAUUUAUUGUAGACCCAAACAUCAUUCAUAUAUUUUCAUACGUAAACAUUCCGAGUAGCUAAGGUAGGUAGCCCUUUGACUACAUUUGACGUCAAGUAAUCUUUUCCGGUAAGUCUUACAGCAGUAGUUACAUCUAUUCGAUUUCACAGUUGGCUAAUAUAUUUUGAUUUAAUUUGUUUAAAAAUUGGUUUAAUUUAUUUGUUUCUCACUCUUCCGGCUUUACAAUUAGGCGAAAAGUUCGCAUGUGAACAUUGUGAAAAGAAAUUCAAGACAAAGUCUUAUUUGAAUGAACAUGUGAAAGUUAUUCAUGAAGGUAGUUUAAUCAUUGAGUAGCAUUUUGACUUUCUGUUCAUUGUGCAUCUAUUUUUCCAUGUUUAUUUUUGGUUUAGUUAAAUAAAACAAUAAGGUUGGAAAACGAUUAAUAGUUUGUCGGUAAUUAUGUAAAUUACUGUAAUGCUGUGUUCAUUUUUUGGUUUUUUGGUUCUAAAUCGCGAUUUCGGAUAUGACUC